AUGUUCUAUUCCGAGACUAUUCUAGCAAAAAAAGGCCCUUUGGCAAAGGUGUGGCUCGCUGCUCAUUGGGAAAGAAAGCUUUCCAAAACUCAGUUUCUACAAACCAAUAUUCAAAACUCUAUUACUGCUAUUCUUGGAACAAAUGGCGAGUCGAUGGCUUUGCGACUUACUGGGCAAUUGCUGCUUGGUGUUGUCCGGAUUUUUUCAAGAAAAGCCAGAUAUCUCUUGGAGGAUUGCAACGAAGCGCUCAUCAAAAUUAAAAUGAUCUACUAUUCUAUUAUGCAAGGCGUUUCGUCCUGGCCAUUGCUCUCUCAGAAAACGACAGCCGCAAGCGCAUUAAAUAUGUCUAGAAUGCAAGAUAUUACUCUAAUUGAACCAGCAUUCUUUUCUGCAUCUCAACGAGAGGAUCUCUUGGCUGAUCCUGUAUCCAAUGAGAUGGCAGUCGGAAUGGAAUUGGAAGACAAUGCAUUCGAUCUUCAUUUUGAAAACGAAGUCUCCACUGCUGGUGUUGAGCUUGGACGAGACGCUGUACCAGUGACUCCAUUCCAUCUCGAUAACCCGGACCAGGAAAAUACCAUGGAUGAGUCAAAGCAUACCGAUACAUCUAUAGGCCAGCUUCCUCUAGAUGUGUCAGUGACUGGUUCUCGACUGGACUUACUGCCAGAUAUUACAUUUAAUCAAAAUGCUCCAGACGAUCCUCUUUUGUUUGCUGGAGAAGACAAUUAUGAUUUUGGAUUUGGUGAUGCUUCAGCAAUUGUAUUGAAUGUGGAUAAAGGCUACAAUGAAACUCACCUGCUGCAUGCUGUAAUUAGAGAAAUCCCCCAAGUUGAGUCUGAAAUGUCUCAUGUUGCACCCGAAGAGCCUGAUAAUCAAGAGUUUUUUAGAGUACCUACUCUACCUUUCCGAAAGCGAGCUGGUGAGCAAAAUGAGCUUGCAAGAAAAAAGGUCGCUACUCAACGCAAGCGAAAAGUAGUAGUGGACGAGGAGAUUGAUUUAGCAGAUCAGAUUGUUCGUCAGCAACUGCAGGAUCCAUCGGAUAUUCUUGAUUCGGAUACCAUGCCAAUGUUUUCCCGCGAAUACAUUUGUGGGCCUUUUUCCAACAAUCCUCCACCGUUUUUUGAUAGUAUUGUGUGUCCGCCUGAAUCUCUUCGUAGAUUCGAGUUUAAUACGGGCGUUAGUUCAAAUGCAUUGCUGCCAAAUGUCGACAACUACGGACUUGAUGACAACUACGAUCCAUUCCAGGGCCUAGACAAUUUUGAGCCGGUUCCAGAAACUCUUGAUUUUGUUGUUGAAAACUCUAGACAAGAUGAAUCUAUUUUGGAAAAUGACAAGAUUCAAGCGCGCGAUUCACUUGAGCCUAUCGAUGCUAAAGCUGCAAACAUGAGUGUUGAAAACGAUUUGUCUAUUGGAAAUUAUUCAGCUGAUAUUGCCAUUGGUUCUUUUUCGGACAUGCCGCAAAGCAUUGCAGAAAUAUCUAUGGAUCAUGCUGUCGUAGCACAAUCUGCAAAGCCGGCUGAUGGUUUCCAUGCUAGUCUAUACGAAUUUGGAGAUGCCACAGAAACUCCUGCAGAUAAUGAGCUUGAACUGAGCAAGCAUACAUACCAAACUAUCAAGAUUCUCCAGGAAAGAUUUAACCAGACACCAGAAAUAUCACCCGCCACAUACAGCGAGUUUGUUCAAGGGGCAUCCAAAACCAUCAGGGCAAGAUUUUUCUUUGAGCUACUUGUAUUGAAAACAAAAAAGCUAAUAUCGGUCGAGCAAAAGGCACCCUAUGAUGAUAUACUGAUACUGCCAGAGACUGGUCUUCUUGAAUCUGUAGUGUGA